GUGGCGACUCCCAGAAUCACUCUCUCAGGUCAAUCAUGUUGGGCGCCGUGGCAAGAGCAGGCUCCAGCCUCCUGGCUGGAAAAACCAUCGAAAAACUCGGCAGUGAGUCCAUGAAAAUCGUCUCCGUGUACAAUGGAUCAUCUCGAGGCUUCGCCGCCAAGGCCGCUGCUGCCGGCAAGGGCUCCGGCCGCGUCGUGGCCGUCAUCGGUGCCGUCGUGGACGUCCAAUUCGACGAAAACCUGCCCCCCAUCCUCAACGCCCUCGAAGUCCACAACCGCACCCCCAGACUAGUCCUCGAAGUGGCCCAGCAUUUGGGCGAGAACACAGUGCGCACCAUCGCCAUGGACGGUACCGAGGGUCUGGUCAGAGGCCAGCCCGUCAGUGACACCGGUUUCCCCAUCAGGAUCCCCGUCGGGGCGGAGACCCUCGGCCGCAUUAUCAACGUCAUUGGGGAACCCAUCGACGAAAGGGGCCCCGUUCCCACCGACAAAGUCGCCCCCAUUCACGCCGAAGCGCCCGAGUUCGUCGAGAUGAGCGUCGAACAGGAGAUUCUGGUCACUGGGAUCAAGGUCGUGGACUUGUUGGCCCCCUACGCCAAGGGCGGUAAAAUUGGCCUGUUCGGGGGUGCCGGCGUCGGCAAGACUGUGUUGAUCAUGGAGUUGAUCAACAACGUAGCCAAGGCCCAUGGUGGGUAUUCGGUGUUUGCUGGAGUGGGGGAGAGGACCCGUGAAGGGAAUGACUUGUAUCAUGAGAUGAUUGAGUCCGGGGUUAUUUCGUUGAAGGAUAAGACGUCCAAGGUGGCGUUGGUGUAUGGACAGAUGAACGAGCCCCCAGGCGCUCGUGCUCGUGUCGCUCUGACUGGUUUAACCGUGGCCGAGUAUUUCCGUGAUCAAGAAGGCCAAGACGUACUACUCUUCAUUGACAACAUUUUCAGGUUUACUCAGGCCGGUUCAGAAGUAUCCGCCCUUUUGGGUCGUAUCCCCUCCGCCGUGGGCUACCAACCCACCCUGGCCACCGACAUGGGUAGCAUGCAGGAGCGCAUCACCACCACGAAGAAGGGCUCCAUUACGUCAGUGCAGGCCAUCUACGUGCCCGCCGACGACUUGACAGAUCCCGCCCCUGCCACCACUUUCGCCCAUUUGGACGCCACCACCGUACUGUCGCGAGCCAUCGCCGAGUUGGGGAUUUACCCCGCCGUGGACCCCCUCGACUCCACUUCCCGUAUCAUGGACCCCAACAUCAUCGGCCAGGAGCACUACAACGUGGCUCGUGGCGUCCAGAAGAUCCUCCAGGAUUACAAAUCUCUGCAGGAUAUCAUCGCCAUCCUGGGUAUGGACGAGUUGUCUGAAGACGAUAAGUUGACGGUGGCUAGGGCCAGGAAGAUCCAGCGUUUCCUGUCGCAGCCUUUCCAGGUCGCUGAGGUGUUCACCGGACACGCCGGAAAAUUGGUGCCCCUUGCCGAGACCAUCAAAGGGUUCCAGAAGAUCUUGGGUGGAGAUUUAGAUCAUUUGCCAGAGGUGGCUUUCUACAUGGUCGGGCCGAUCGAAGAGGUCGUACAGAAGGCAGAGAAGUUAGCUGAAUCCACCGCUUAAGUUAUUUCCAUCAGAACUAGGUUUCAAAAGUGUUUUUUUUUUUACAUGUAACAUUUUAAUGUACAUCAGCGCAAUAAGGUGUAUUUGUUGUAUUUACUUUUAACGAUGAAAAAAGAUGUAGUUGAGA